AGUAAAAUAAAUUUCUUGGUUCCAGUUUCCGCCUUCUAAAAAAUUUGAAAUGGAGAAUCUUAACUGAAGCACAGUCGUAUUUUGAACAUUCAACCGCCAUGAUGUCUUAAAUGAUAUUAUAUAAGUGCAUAAUCACUUUUUUUGACCAAACGAGUUUUGAAAUCUUUGAUCGAGAUUAAUAUCGACCAAUUUUAUCGUCGUUUGUCGAUCUAUAUUAUUAUCAAUAAUUUCCAUCUAUUUUUUUUUAUCUAAUCGAAAAAAGUUUUACAUAUAGUUUUACAUUUUAUAUCUUUUUUGAAAGAGGCAAGUAAUUUUUGCGGUAAAGGAAGGGUAUAAUAAAUUUCCGGCAGUUUCGUCAACGUAAAUGACCAAUGUGUUGACGUAAUGUCUAUAAAAAUCAUAUUAACCGAAUAUAAUCGAGCGUAACUGGAGUUAAUCGAAGCUUAUAAAGUACCCCUUCCCCAAAAAUAUCAAACCACACUCCCCGCCUUUGACACAAUUGUUAGCUAUUGUGUUGCCUAUAUAUUCAAAUGCCAAUUGAAAUGAUUGAGUGUGCAUUAGUCAGUAAUUGUUGUUCAGUUAAGAUUCUCGUGAAGGAGAAUCCAGUAAAAAUAUCUGCAAGAGAAAAAAGUUAUCAUGUUCGGAACGUUAAAAAUAUUAUGUAUUUUAUUAAAAGUGUUAAUGCUAUCGAGAACGGCCUUCGCGGUAUCUUUAAGACUGAAGAUAUUCAUAUAGUACAGAAUACACCAUUUUUCGAGUUCUACACAAUUAAUAAUUACCUGUUACGAAUCCAGAAGUUAUAUAUGCAGGAAUAUUUUAACAGCAUAACUGAAAAAAAUGUAGUUGUUCUCAAGGAAGAUAGCACACUAUAUCCAGGAAGCAUCCCAAAUGAAUCAUUUCCUCUUCGGACAUUCGUAGAAUUCAAUAAUAGGCUAACUAAGAAAAACAUUUGUGUGACACUAAGAUCGGACGAAUUUAAAAAUCAAUAUAUCAUACUACAUAUGAAUUAUGUUCAGUAUUGGAGCGAGGAUCUAAAUCAAACGAUUCAAAUAAAUAUCACACAUACGCAGAUAGAUAAUCCAUUAGAAUACAAACUAUACGAUUUAAAAGCUGAUACAACUUACUAUUUUAAUAUAGAAAUAAUAACAUUGUCUGAUCGUAGUUCUUUUGUUAAUUUCAAUGUGUCCACCAUGAACGAGAAUCCGAUACCUCUAUUACUCGUCCUCCCGUGGAAUUCAUUUGGUGUGAAUAUAUUGGAUGUAGAUUUACGGAUAGGUAUUGAACUUGAUACACAAAUUAUGUAUAGAGAUAUCGUUUACUCAGCAUUGGAACAUAAAAUAUAUGGAAUCAAUAAACAGUCCGAGCUAAUAACAUCGGAUUUUAAUCCAACCGCAAUCCAAACCGAACGGAAUCGAACAAUAGCAAAGCUCAAUAACACUGCACAUCAUCUCUGCUUUGAUUGGAUUCAUAGAAAACUUUAUUGGGUACAAGAAUGCACAACGGGAAUCUGCAUUAUAAAGCUAGACUUAACAUUGUGGGAACAAAUAGGCAUAGUAAAAUAUGAUGAAAUAAAUAUAUCCAAGAAACGAUAUCUAGUACUGUUUUUACAUGUACUGCCAUCAUCAGGAUAUAUGUAUUGGUUACUGUCUGGCUCGUCAGAAGAAGUAAUGCGAUCGGAUUUAGAUGGAAAAAACAUGAAAACUCUUAGAAAAGACAAUAAAUGCUUUCGUAACGAACUACAUCUAGAGUCCUACUGGACCUUACAGACUGAUACAACAAAUAUUGAGCCGCUAUUAUAUUGGAGUAAUUUCAUGGGCUUUGUCAUAACAGAUAUUGAUGGUUGUAAAUAUUACAAGAUUUCAAACUUUAGAGAUAUAGACAAUUACAGAUAUUUAACGUUUGACAAAACAAACAUUUACUUGUACAAUGAAUACGAAAACGUAAUUUACAUUUUUAAAAAAAUAUAUCCUCUUCUCGAAUACAAAGAACAUAAAUUGGAAUAUGUACGUAGAAUACGUUACCGAGAAAAUGUUGCUUUUCUCCAUAACUUUAUAUCACUUGAUAAAACUUUACAAACAUAUCCUCAGACAAAAUGUUUGAUACCUAACAUGAGAAAUUAUCGUAUUGAAGUAUUGAAUAAAACCAUACACAGUAUCAAUGUAAGCCUUCCAGAACCGAUUCUCAAUGACGGAUGCGAAAAGUACAACUUACCAACUACUAUAUAUAACAUCUCCAGAAGUUAUUUAAUAUGUUUGGACAAUGGCAGUAACAAGUUCGAGCAAUUCAAUGUGACAACAUACGAACGGCAUUACGAAUACAAGAAUUUAAUGCCGUUCACAGAAUAUACGCUGAAGCUAGCACUGAGCAAUUUUUACUUUGACAAGUUAUCAAUGGACUUGCAAUUCGGCUCGGAUGUGAAAGUGAUAACUACCGGAAAGCUCGACAUGCCAGAAGAUGUGACGGUUCAAGUUUUAACGCCAACGUUAGCGAUAGUUUAUUGGAUGCCAUCCAAGAAAUUAAACUGCGUGACAGUGACCUACGAGGUGCAUUGGAUGGAAUUUUCAAAUGAAACGCAAGAAAUAAUACAAAUGUCAUCUCCCAUCACAAAACUUAUCGAUACGCUCGAACGUACAACAGAUGGAAAGCUUUUCACGACAAUCGGAUCGCUGCUGUCAAAACAUAAUUAUCAGAUAUAUGUGCGUGUAUAUCCAUACAAUUUUAGUCAAUUCUUCACUGACAGUUUAAACAAAACAAUUUACAUGUCAGAACCGAAUAAUUUAAGUUUAAUCAGAGUCAGUACAAAUAGUAUGGAUAUCUCAUGGAUUUCUGGCGUCAAUUUGACGAUGCACACGAAAUUCCGUCCCAUACUGGAAUACAAAGAAGAUGCGAUGUGGGAAUGGCAAAUGGUGAAUAUCAGUGAAAGAAGUAAUAAUAUAAUAAUAUAUUAUAUAAAUUUAUUGCCGCAAACUUUAUACAAUUUCCGUUUGAUCCUGAAAUACCCCGAAUACAUGGACGACUUUGUAUGGCCUGAAAAAGGAUUUAGAUUUGAAACGCAUGGUAAUGUACCAAGUGCUCCUGGGAAACCCAUUGUAACAAAACUUCCAAAUUUGACGUAUCAAUUAAACUGGGCACAUGCGCAAACUCAUGAUUCACCAGUGAUUUUGUAUCGACUGGAGGGUUUAAUUGUCGAAAAUAAUGACAAAGAAGUCAAUCGAACCGACAAAAUCAAUCAUUGGAAUUUAUACUAUAAUGGAACAAAUAAUUAUUGCUGGAUAACGACGAAAGAAAUGAAUCAGAAAUAUCUUUUUCGUGUGCAGGCUACAAAUACUUAUGGUUCUGGGAAAUGGAGCGGCGAAUCAAGAGUCGUUGAUUUGACAUCAAAUCUGAAAUCUAAUAAGAACGAAAUAUUAACUGUGCAAUACGUAACGUUAAUAUUAAGCAUUGUCGCUACCAUCGUAAUCUAUAAUGUUUACUACUUUUACUGCUGUAAGCACUGGCAACGCAAAAAAAGUAAACAAAUAAUUAGGCCUUCAAUAAUUAAUAUCGAAUCAACAACCGCGAACGAUACAUCUUUCAUAAACUAUGAACUCCACUCUGUGCACGAUCCUAAAUUGCAAAGUGAUAUCAACGAAUUUGCAAGUAUAAUAAUCGAUAAAAAACAAAUCACUCUAGAAAAUCUUUUAAGCAGCGGUGCAUUUGGAGAGGUAUAUCGAGGAGUCAAAAAUGGAGAAGGUUCGGAAAUAAUGCCUGUCGCCAUUAAGAUGCUACAAAAAAUGCUUCCUGGCAAAAGAAACAAGAAUUUGGAAGAGGCUAAAAUUAUGAAAGAAUUUGACCACAAACAUGUGCUAAGAUUGUUGGGCAUCUGUAUUACCGAGGAUCAACCAUGGCUGAUAUUGGAAUUAAUGGAAGUUGGUGACUUACUGAAAUAUUUGAGAGAGACUCGAACAUUGCAUCCGGAAGAUCCGCACGCCCUGCGUCUACAAGAUUUGCUUGCUAUGUGCGAAGAUGUUGCUCGAGGUUGUCGCUAUUUAGAAGAACAGCACUAUGUGCAUAGAGAUCUCGCUUGUCGAAAUUGCUUAAUAUCCUCGAGAAAUCGUGAAAACUGUGUUGUGAAAAUCAGCAACUUCGGACUAGCUAAAGAUGUUUACAUCAAAGACUAUUAUCGUACGGGAGAAGAAAGCCUGCUUCCUUUUCGUUGGAUGGCACCGGAAUCUUUGAUAGACCGAAUAUUUACUUCACAAAGCGAUGUUUGGUCAUUCGGGGUACUAAUGUGGGAAAUUACAUCGUUGGGACAACAUCCCUAUGUUGCCUUAUAUAGUUUUAAUGAAGUAAAGGAGUAUGUGUGUGCAGGGAAAAAGUUAUUCAAAUCCUAUCACUGUCCAGAGAAAUUAUACGAUUUGAUGCUAAAUUGCUGGAAUGCGGCAAAUGAUAGACCAAAUUUCAUGAGUUGUCUCGAAACUAUUGUAACCUUAAGAAACGAAAUAGAAGACACAAUCCUGCAUUUAUCUCCGCCUUCUGAAUAUCGUCCGACAGCGGAUUUUCUCUGAAGCACAGCCAAUCGUAUUUGUAUUUUUGAACUUUUAACUGCGAAUCAUGCUUCAAACAAUAUCAUAUAGACAUAAUUA